UAAUCAUAGUUAGAUAAGGGGUUAUUUAUUUAUUUAUGUAGUUAAUUAAGAGUGAACACUGUUCUCCGAGCAUUGAUCAAUCCAUCAUCAAACAAACAACUACUGAUGAUGGCGUGUCUCCGGUUGAUUCCACCACAAUCACAAAAUCUAAAUUCCAUUCAUUUCAUUCAUCAUCAUCACCGCUUUUCAUAUCAACAACAUCGCCUCAGUUAUCCCGUCACUAAAACCAAUGCUCUCACUAAUUCUGAUUUACUUGAUUCUGAUCAAACUCGAGUAUUUGUUGAUGCUGUUCCUCUUUUAUCUUGCUCUCAGGCCUAUGAAAGGCUGAAAACAUUCAGAGAAAAGAUAAAUGGAAAGCAGCAAUACCUUGCCAUGUAUUCUAGUAUUUUUGGUGGGAUAACAACUGAUCCAGCAGCUAUGGUUAUUCCUAUGGAUGACCACAUGGUGCAUAGGGGCCAUGGUGUCUUUGAUACUGCAGCAAUAAUGGACGGGUACUUAUACGAGCUAGAUCAACACCUAGAUCGCUUUUUAAAUUCGGCCUCAAGGUCUAAAAUAGAUCCUCCAUUUGAUCGAGAAAUUAUACGAAGAAUUCUCAUACAAACUGUGAGUGCUUCCAAAUGUAGAAAAGGAUCACUAAGAUACUGGCUAUCAGCAGGACCUGGUGAUUUUCAGCUCUCUCCCUCUGGCUGUCACCAGUCAGGGCUUUAUGCAAUUGUAAUACAGGACCUGUCACCGGCAGCGGCUUCAGAUAAGUCCAAGGGAGUUAAAGUCAUUACAUCAUCUAUUCCGAUAAAACAUCCCAUGUUUGCAAUCACCAAGAGUGUGAAUUACCUUCCAAAUGUGCUCUCAAAGAUGGAGGCGGAUGAAGCUGGUGCUUUUGCAGGCAUUUGGCUUGACGAUGAAGGUUUUGUUGCUGAAGGGCCUAAUAUGAAUGUGGCUUUUGUCACCAAAGAGAAGGAACUUAUAAUGCCUCACUUCGACAAAAUUCUAAGUGGAUGUACAGCUAAGAGAGUUUUAGCCCUUGCUGAGAGUUUGUUGAAGCAGGGUGAGCUUCAGGGGAUAAGGAUGAAAAAUGUAACCGUCGAAGAAGGGAAGAAAGCAGAUGAAAUGAUGCUUAUUGGCAGUGGAGUUUUGGUUUGCCCUGUAGUGCAGUGGGAUGACCAGGUUAUUGGAGAUGGCAAAGAAGGCCAUAUAACACAAGCUCUCUUAAAUCUAAUUGUCGAUGACAUGAAAUCAAGUCCACCUACCGUUCGCACACCUGUUCCGUAUUGACUCAACUUUAUUUCCUUAGUGUAAAGUGAUGUGAAGUAACUUUACUGCUCAUUGGUUUGUAAAGUAUGGAAUGUUGUAAGAAUAUGUAUACGAGGGAUCUUAGUGUUGUUUGGUGGUUCAAAAAUAAGUUUAAACCAAUUUCUUUGGAAGUCAAAUUAGUCGUUGUUUCGCCACGUUAAGGUUACUGCUUUGUGACAAAUACCUCAAACUAGACAAAUCAUUUCAUGUAUAAUAUUUUAGACUUAUUUUCACA